CUCGUUCACGGACAGCGCAGUGUGUGAGGUCGCGGCUGUCAUGGCGGCGUGCAGGGCGCUCGUGAGUCGUGCCGUUUUGCCUUUGCAUUAUCAUCAUGUGUGCAGAGCAGUGGUGUUCACCCAAAUCAGAGAAAAGAAGAGAUGGAUGAAGGCCUACAUGUUCGUCAUGCGGAAGAAGUUGAAGCUGGAGGGACCUCCAGCUCCUAAGCCACGCUCUGAACAGCCGAACUUUGAUUACCAUGCUGAGGUGGAAGCUUUCGGUGUCCGUCUGCAGGAGAGUUUCUCUGUGGAUUUGCUGAAGACAGCGUUUGUGAAUACCAGUUACCUGCGCUCUGAGGAAGAGAGGAGGAAAGCGCUGGGUUUGGAUUCAGAGACCGCCGUCCUGAACCUGAAAGACAAUACUGAGCUGCGUGAACACGGUCAACAUUUUACUACGGGUUUCCUGAGUGACUGGUGCAGGAACAGCUUUCCUAAUCUUCCUGAUGAGGGCGUGGCUGCUAUCGCAGGUCACCUGACAGGGUCAGAGGUUAUGUGUCACGUGGCACGAAACCUGGCUGUGGAGGAACUGACGAUGAGUGCAGAGUUUCCUGUGCCGGACCACAUCCUGCAGGGAACGUUCUUCGCUGUGAUUGGUGCUCUGGAGCAGAGCAGCGGGCCUGUGCGAGCCGGCCUUUUCAUCAGGGAUUUCCUCGUGUCUCAGCUGAUAGGCAAAGAUCUGUUUGAUAUGUGGAAUGUGGUGGAUCCAAUGGGGCUCCUGGUGGAAGAACUGACCCGUAAAGGUGUAGCUCUACCUGAGCCCCGUCUCAUCCGCUCUGCUGGUGCCAGCACUGUCCUCCCUCUGUAUUUUGUUGGCCUUUACAGUGACCGUAAAUUGUUGGCUCAGGGUCCAGGCGAGACUGUCCUUUUAGCUGAAGAAGAAGCGGCUCGAGUGGCUUUAAGGAAACUCUACGGCUUUACAGAAAACCGCAGGCCAUUUGACUUCACUGCACCCCAAGAUCAGCUUCAGAAGCUCAGCACACAGGCUCUCACCAGCGGAUGAAUGACAGUGUAUAAUGGUUUGAAGAGUAUAUUCCAGUGGGACACUUUUGGAGAAGCAAAAUGCAUACAUUCAUCUGCUGUAUGGGUGAACGUGAAUUUGUUUUGCUGAAAUGUGGCUGUCCGGUCAUUGGACGCCUGUGGAAUAUGCCUGAGGGACUCUUAAUGUACCACUGACUGACAGUUAAAACAUCAUAUACAUCUGCCUUAAGAGCAUUCAUCUAUAAUGCAGAUGCACAUCCUUUAGAUAUUCUGUUGCUGCAUAAAACCUGUUGUAUAUAAAUGCUAAGUUCUGGUUGAUGAUAAUAAAAGUUCUGGACAGAAUGUUCAGCUUGAAGUGGUCUGUCUGGACUGAAUGCAAAAAUCGUUAAGCAUAUCUUUUUGUGUUGUCGUGGAUACCAGUUUUACAAGUUGGUCACCAUUGUUGGGCUCAUCCAAUCAGCCAGAUUUUACUGUCAGAGGGAUAGUUAUAGAGUGUUAUGAUUACUUGAAAAUGAUGUAGUAUUUCAUAUAUUAUUUCAUAGGUUGUGCAACAUUUUUUAUAUUUGUGAAUCCUGAUGAAUAUUAAUGAAACCAUUGUGUAUAGUUCUUUACACAAUGUGAAUGAUUUGAAUGCCAGUCAAACUUACAAUUAACAAAUAGACUUGUUAUAGUUCGUGUGUGUGUGUGUGCGUGCGUGUGUGUGUGCGUGCGUGUUACUAAACAUCAUUUUAUAUAUUCUUUUUUACGUUUUUAAAAUAGUUAAAGGAAAUAGUUCAGCCUGGAAUUAAACUUUACAAUCUACCGACUUCCAUUGUAUUUUUUUUUUUCUGAUAUGGAGGUCAAAGUCCACUGGUUUCUUUGUCAUAAUGGUGGCCAUUAGGUCAUUAAAUGAGUCCAGGGGGAGGGAGAUGCACCUUCAAUAUGGUGUUUUGGAUGUUGUGGGGUAAUAUUUUAUUAAAGUGUAGAUGGAACUUCGCCUGUGUU